AUGAGGAAAAUUAUAAGUGAAGAGAAAUGGGAUGAUUUUAGGAUAGUGGGUUGCUUUGAAUCAGCUCUAGCUCCUGUUUGGGUGUCCAGAAUCUUAAUUGAACUAAAACAGGAACCUAGAUUAGCUUUCAAGUUAUUCAAGUGGGCCCAAAUACAAAAUGGGUUUCAGCAUACCACAGAAAAUUAUUGUGUCAUGGCUCAUAUUUUGUUCUGUUCAAGAAUGUACAACGAUGCCCAUAAUGUUCUAAGACAAGUGGUGAGUUUGAAUAAAAGCAAUAAUGACAGUAAGAUAAAAAUAUUUCCUUGUGAUAUAUUUGAUGCAUUGUGGUUGACAAGAAAUGUUUGUGUUCCGGGUUAUGGAGUUUUUGAUGCUUUCUUUAGCGUGUUGGUUGAGGUGGGAUUACUAGAGGAAGCAAGGGAGUGUUUUACGAGGAUGAUAAGGUUUAGAGUGCCGCCAAAAACCUGUUCUUGUAAUUUUCUUUUGCAUGGACUUGCAAAGGCUGGGGAAGGAGAGUUGGCGAAGAAGUGCUUCAUAGAUAUGGUUGGGGCUGGAAUUGAACCGUCUGUGUAUACAUAUAAUAUAAUGAUUGGUUAUAUGUGUAAUGAAGGUGAUAUGAAGGCUGCUACAUGUCUGUUUGCAAGGAUGAAGGAGAUAGGCAUUAUUCCGGAUGUUAUUACAUAUAAUUCCCUAAUUGAUGGGCAUGGGAAGCUAGGAGAAUUGGAUAAUAUGCUUUGUAUAUAUGAGGAAAUGCAGGCAGUAGGCUGUUCUCCGGACGUCAUAACAUACAAUACUUUGAUUAAUUGUUUUUGUAAAUUUGAAGAGAUGCCCCUGGCAUUUGGAUUUCUCCGGGAGAUGAAACAAAGAGGUCUGAAACCUAAUGUUGUAACUUAUAGCACAUUCAUAGAUGCUUUUUGUAAAGAAGGAAUGUUGCCACAGGCAAUUAAAUUUUUUGUUGACAUGCGGAGAGUUGGUCUUACUCCAAAUGAAUUUACAUAUACUUCUUUGAUUGACGCAAAUUGUAAAGUGGGUAAUCUAGACAAUGCUCUGAAGUUGGUCAAAGAGAUGUUGGAAGCAGCCGUCAAGUUAAAUGUUGUUACCUACACGGCGUUGCUUGAUGGAUUAUGUGAAGAAGGGAAGAUAAAGGAAGCGGAAGAAGUUUUUAGGGUGAUGCAGAAAGAUGGUGUAGUCCCCAAUGAGAAAAGCUAUACAGCUCUUGUUCAUGGGUAUGUUAAAGCAGAAAGGAUGGCUGAUGCCAUGGAUGUUAUGACACAAAUGAGUGAAAAUAAGAUUAAACUUGAUUUGUUGCUCUAUGGAACUAUAGUCUGGGGCCUUUGCAACCAGGGAAAGUUUGAAGAUGUGAAAGUUUUGCUUGAUGAAAUGCAGGCGCGCGGUAGAGAGUUGAAUCAUGUAAUAUAUACAACACUAAUUGACGCAUACUUCAAGGCUGGCAAAGCCACAGAAGCACGAAAACUGCUAAAUGAAAUGCAAGAAAAAGGUGUGGCCCUUACUAUUGUGACAUAUUGCUCAUUGAUUGAUGGAUUGUGUGGAUUGGGAUGUGUUGAGGAAGCAAUUGAUCAUUUCUAUAACAUGCAAAGCAUUGGCUUGCAACCUAAUAUUGUGGCCUAUACAGCAUUAGUUGAUGGCCUUUGCAAAAAUAAACAUUUGGAUGCCGCUCAAGAGCUUUUUCUUGAAAUGCUUGAUAAGGGCAUGCUUCCAGAUAAAAUUGCUUAUACAUCGCUGAUUAAUGGAAACUUAAAGCAGGGAAAUGUUCAAGAAGCCUUGGAUCUGGUGAAGAGAAUGAUUGAAACAGGUGUGGAGCUGGAUCUUCAUACUUAUACAUCCUUGAUUUCUGGGCUCUCUAGAAAUGGUCAAGUGCAGCAAGCAAGGGAUUUGCUUGAUGAGAUGAUUGAAAAAGGAGUCCAUCCUGAUGAGGUUGUGUAUGGUUGUCUCAUCAGAAAGUAUCAUGAGCUUGGAAAUGUCGAAGAAGCUAAUUUCUUGCAAAAUGAAAUGAUGAAAAGGGGCCUUGUUACCGUCACAAACCUUCUCAUCUCCAAAUUGCGGGGGAGAUGUAGCUGCAUAUACAGCAAUGAUGGACAGAGUUCAAGGCAUAUUUUUCGCGAACAUUGGAAAUGCUCAUCUAUUGGAGUAUGCCAAUGUAACUUCUGGUGGUACAAUCAAUUGGAGAAAGGACGCAGUGCUUCACCUUCUUUCGUAGAUGAAACAUGUGAUGCUAUGGGAAAAUAA